AUGGAUAUUUUCGUGAUUUGGUGGAUACAGGAGGGGUUUUCAGUUUGGUUUGGGACUCCACGAGGAAGAGAGGAAGGUGUGGCUCUGGUUUUCUUCGAGAUGUUGGAGGUGACGGUGAGUAGAGGAGGGAGAUUAUGUUCACAUGACAGUGAUGGGUCUGUGAGUGAAUGUAGCGGUUUGGGCAUGAGGGGGACAGCUGGGGUGAAAAUGGGAAACGGAAAAGGAAAAGCUGUCGUGCUUGGAGCAAGGCAACACCCACUAAAACCCCACAAAAUAGGCCGAUUGCCAAAACCAUAA